AACUCUGACUGUCUCCUAGUAAUACUAAAAUCCCCAAAACAAUUUCUUCAAGUUUUUUUUUCUUUCUCAGUUGAUCUCCAAGAUAUCUUCUAUGUCGGCAAAAGAUCACAUAUGUCUUUCAUGUUCUUGAGGCAUAGUCAGAUAAAGCUUAUUGUAAGAAAGCUUAUUGUAUUUUUGUUCUCCACCCAUAGAGAUCCUUGGAUUUUCACAGUUCAAUGGCUCCCAAGUUGCCUGCCUUAGAUCACGAAGCUCCUCCUUCUGCACUGGAGGAAACAUUUCUUCCACUAUUUUGGGUAGUAUCAGUGCUAUUUGUCUGUGAAGUCAGACAGAAUAAGCAGUACAUUUGUGUUCAGACUCUCAAAAUACCUACAGGAUUGGAAUCAUUUUUCUCUCUAAGCACUUCCCUCAACAAUCAUCCAGAUAAAAGGAAGCUGAGGCUCAUUUGAGCAGCAGCUUUCCCAGCUCACAGAAGCACAUCCACUGCUCUUAUCUGCGGGCUGCUUCUACUGAACCCCAAGUCUCUUCCCAAAUCCUCCUCUUGGCCGACUUCCCAAAGAAAAUCUGAGGUCCCCAUGGAUCCAGAAGAACAUCGCGAUGGAGAAGGGAAGAACUCGAAGCUCAACAAAAAAAGUAAGAAGAAGGAAAAAAAACCAACUGUCAGUACACUUACAAUGUUUCGCUAUGCAGGUUGGCUCGACAGGCUGUACAUGGUCCUGGGAACUUUGGCUGCUGUUAUCCAUGGAGCUGCACUCCCAGUCAUGAUGCUGGUAUUUGGAGACAUGACAGAUAGCUUUGCAGAUGCAGGAAAUAGUUUACCAGACAACAUUACUGAAGAUCUAUUCAACAAAACUGAGAUUCUGGAGAAACUGGAAGAAGACAUGACCACGUAUGCCUAUUAUUACACUGGAAUUGGUGCUGGUGUGCUUGUUGCUGCAUACAUUCAGGUGUCAUUUUGGUGCCUGUCAGCUGGAAGACAAAUUAACAAAAUUAGGAAAGAGUUUUUUCAUGCUAUAAUGAAGCAGGAGAUAGGCUGGUUUGAUGUGCAUGACGUGGGAGAGCUUAACACCCGGCUCACAGAUGAUGUCUCCAAAAUUAAUGAUGGAAUUGGUGACAAAAUUGGAAUGUUCUUUCAAGCAAUGGCAACAUUUUUUGCUGGUUUUAUAGUAGGAUUUACACGUGGCUGGAAGCUAACCCUUGUGAUUUUGGCCAUCAGCCCUGUUCUUGGACUGUCAGCUGCUCUCUGGGCAAAGAUAUUAUCUUCAUUUACUGAUAAAGAACUCUUGGCAUAUGCAAAAGCUGGGGCAGUAGCUGAAGAAGUCUUAGCAGCCAUUAGAACUGUUAUUGCCUUUGGAGGACAAAAAAAAGAACUUGAAAGGUACAAUAAGAAUUUAGAAGAUGCUAAAAGAAUUGGGAUAAGGAAAGCUAUCACAGCCAACAUUUCCAUUGGUGCUGCUUUCCUGCUGAUCUAUGCAUCCUAUGCUCUGGCUUUCUGGUAUGGGACUACAUUGGUCCUCUCCGGUGAAUAUUCUAUUGGACAAGUGCUCACUGUCUUCUUUUCUGUAUUAAUUGGGGCAUUUAGUGUUGGACAGGCAACUCCAAACAUUGAAGCAUUUGCAAAUGCCAGAGGAGCAGCUUAUGAAGUCUUCAAGAUCAUUGAUAAUAAGCCAAGCAUUGACAGCUUCUCAACAAGUGGACACAAACCAGAUAAUAUCAAGGGAAAUCUGGAAUUCAGAAAUAUUCAUUUCAGUUACCCAUCUCGAAAAGAAGUUAAGAUCUUGAAGGGACUCAACCUGAAGGUGCAGAGUGGCCAGACGGUGGCCCUGGUUGGCAACAGUGGCUGUGGGAAAAGCACGACAGUCCAGCUGAUCCAGAGGCUCUAUGAUCCCACAGAGGGCGUGGUCAGUAUCGAUGGACAGGACAUUAGGAGCAUAAACGUGAGGUAUCUGCGGGAAAUCAUUGGUGUGGUGAGUCAGGAACCCGUGUUGUUUGCCACCACAAUAGCUGAAAACAUUCGCUAUGGUCGUGAAAAUGUCACCAUGGAUGAGAUUGAGAGAGCUGUUAAGGAAGCCAAUGCCUAUGACUUCAUCAUGGAGCUGCCUCAGAAAUUUGACACCUUGGUUGGAGAGAGGGGGACCCAGCUGAGUGGUGGACAGAAGCAGAGAAUUGCCAUAGCACGUGCCCUGUUUCGCAACCCUAAGAUCCUCUUGCUGGAUGAGGCUACGUCGGCCUUGGACACAGAAAGUGAAGCUGUGGUUCAGGUGGCUCUAGAUAAGGCCAGAGAAGGGCGGACCACCAUUGUGAUAGCGCAUCGGUUGUCUACAGUUCGUAAUGCUGAUGUCAUUGCUGGCUUUGAUGAUGGAGUCAUUGUGGAGAAAGGAAAUCAUGAUGAGCUUAUGAGAGAGAAAGGCAUUUACCACAAACUUGUUACAAUGCAGACAGAAGGAUAUAAAAGUGAAUUUGAAAAUGAAGUUUGUGAACCCAGAAGUGAAUUUGAUGCCUUGGAAACAUCCUCAAAGGAUCCAGAAUCUAGUCUAAGAAGAAGAUCAACUUGCCGGAGUAUCCGAGGACCACAAUGCCAGGACAGAAAACUUAGUAUAAAAGAUGCCCUGGAUGAAAAUGUUCCUUUUGUUUCCUUUUGGAGGAUUCUAAAGCUGAAUUUAAAAGAAUGGCCUUAUUUAGUAGUUGGUGUACUUUGUGCCACUAUAAAUGGAAGUAUGCAACCAGCAUUUGCAGUUAUAUUUUCAAAGAUUAUAACGGUUUUUGCAACAAAUGAUGAUUCUGAAAGGAAAAGACAGAAUAGUAACCUGUAUUCACUAAUGUUUCUAUUCAUUGGAAUUGUUUCUUUUAUUACAUUUUUCCUUCAGGGCUUCACAUUUGGCAAAGCUGGAGAAAUCCUCACCAGGCGGCUGCGGUACAUGGUUUUCAGAUCCAUGCUGAGACAGGAUGUGAGCUGGUUUGAUGACCCCAGAAACACAACUGGAGCAUUGACUACCAGGCUCGCCAAUGAUGCUGCUCAAGUGAAAGGGGCAAUGGGUUCCAGGCUUGCCUUACUUGCCCAGAAUUUAGCAAACCUUGGGACAGGAAUUAUUAUAUCCUUAAUCUACGGCUGGCAAUUAGCCCUUUUACUCUUAGCAAUUGUACCUAUAAUGGCAAUAGGAGGAAUUAUUCAGAUGAAAAUGUUAUCUGGACAAGCACUGAAAGAUAACCAGACUCUAGAAAGUUCAGGGCAGAUUGCUACUGAAGCAAUAGAAAAUUUCCGAACUGUGGUUUCUUUGACUCAAGAGCAAAAAUUUGAAAAGAUGUAUGCACAGAGUUUGCAGAUACCAUACAGAAAUGCUUUGAAGAAAGCACACAUCUUUGGAAUCACAUUCUCCUUCACUCAGGCCAUGAUGUACUUCUCCUGUGCUGCAUGUUUCCGAUUUGGUGCCUACUUGGUGGCACGUGAAGUGAUGGAAUUUGAAGAUGUUCUGUUGGUCUUUUCUGCUAUUGUCUUUGGUGCCAUGGCAGUUGGCCCAGCCAGUUCAUUUGCUCCCGACUAUGCGAGAGCUAAAGUGUCUGCAUCCCAUGUCAUCAUGCUCAUUGAAAAAGUCCCUGAGAUCGACAGCUACAGCACAGAAGGACUAAAGCCAAAUAUAAUGGAAGGAAAUGUGACUUUUAAUGAAGUGAAGUUCAACUAUUCCACCCGACCAGACAUCCCAGUGCUCCAGGGACUGAGUCUGCAGGUGAAGAAGGGCCAGACGCUGGCUCUGGUGGGCAGCAGUGGCUGUGGGAAGAGCACAGUGGUACAGCUCCUGGAGCGCUUCUAUGACCCACUGGCUGGCACAGUGCUUCUGGAUGGCAGGGAAAUAAAGCAACUGAAUGUGCAGUGGCUCCGAGCACACCUGGGCAUUGUGUCGCAGGAGCCCAUCCUGUUUGACUGCAGCAUUGCUGAGAACAUCGCUUAUGGUGACAACAGCCGGAUUGUCUCGCAGGACGAGAUCAUAAGAGCAGCCAAGGAGGCCAACAUACACCAGUUCAUUGACUCACUACCUGAUAAAUACAACACUAGAGUUGGAGAUAAAGGAGCUCAGCUCUCUGGUGGUCAGAAACAGCGCAUCGCCAUAGCUCGAGCCCUAGUUAGACAGCCUCAUAUUUUGCUUUUGGAUGAAGCUACAUCAGCUCUAGAUACAGAGAGCGAAAAGGUUGUUCAGGAAGCUCUGGACAAAGCCAGAGAAGGCCGAACAUGCAUUGUGAUCGCUCACCGCCUGUCCACCAUCCAGAACGCAGACCUAAUCGUGGUGAUCCAGAAUGGCAAAGUCAAGGAAUGUGGCACCCACCAACAGCUGCUGGCACAGAAAGGCAUCUAUUUUACCAUGGUCAGUGUCCAGACUGGAGCAAAGCGCCAGUGAACUGUCACCAUGCAAGAUUACUUAUUUUUUUUAAUACUGAUGUUUAUGACAUUUAAUUGAUGUUAGGUGCUAGCACUUACUAGAUCUGGUAGUUAAUCCACUUAAUAUUUUCUCCCUCAAUUUAAGAUCAUUUCUCUAAUCUCAAAAUCUUCAAAAAUACUUGAAGUAACAGAAAUUGAAGCAUCAAUACCAAAAGAGGCCAUGAGAGUGGAAACAAUAUAAUUCGUAAGAGGAUUUAAAGACCAUCUUUCUAUAUAAAUGUGUAAUUUUACUUAUACUUUUUAACCAUCUGUUUUACUAAAAUACUUUAGAAAUGGCAAAAUUUACUGAAAUAUUUGCACAAAAGCACUUACAAUAAAACUGAACAGUCAUAUGAUUGGAGCUGUCUAUAAUAUAUAAAAAUAUUUUACUCAGGCUGGGAAUGUGACUCAGCAGUAGAGUGCUUGCCAAGCAUGCAUGAAGCCCUGUAUUAGAUUCCUC